AGCGGGGCUUCUGGAGACGGCGGGUGGGAAAACCCGGCGCCCGGAAGCCUUUGCUUUCUUUGACGCAAGGGCUCGGGACGCAGCCGCCGUCGGCCGAGCGCCCGGCGAGGAGCGACCCCAGACGGAGCCUUCGCAGCCGCGCCGCCCCCCGCCCCGUCUCCCAGUCUCCGAGCCUUAGUCUUCCUCGCCGCCCUCCUCGUGGCAAUGGAGUGUCCACACCUCAGCUCAAGCGUCUGCAUCACUCCGGACUCAGCCAAGUUCCCCAACGGCUCCCCGUCGUCUUGGUGUUGCAGCGUGUGCCGGUCCAACAAAAGCCCCUGGGUCUGUUUGACUUGUUCAAGUGUCCACUGUGGAAGGUAUGUGAAUGGCCAUGCAAAAAAACAUUAUGAAGAUGCACAAGUACCCUUAGCUAAUCAUAAGAAAUCAGAAAAGCAAGAUAAACCUCAGCACACAGUGUGUAUGGAUUGCAGUAGCUACAGUACAUACUGUUAUCGCUGUGAUGAUUUUGUGGUUAAUGACACCAAGCUGGGACUGGUACAGAAAGUCAGAGAACACUUACAGAACUUGGAAAACUCCACUUUCACGGCUGACAGGCAUAGGAAAAGAAAACUUUUGGAAAAUUCAUCACUAAACACCAAGUUAUUAAAAGUAAAUGGAAGCACCACUGGCAUUUGUGCCACAGGCCUUCGGAAUUUGGGGAACACAUGUUUCAUGAAUGCCAUCCUUCAGUCACUCAGUAACAUUGAGCAGUUUUGCUGUUAUUUCAAAGAACUGCCCGCUGUGGAGUUAAGGAAUGGGAAAACAGCAGGAAGGCGAACAUACCACACCAGGAGCCAAGGGGAUAACAAUGUGUCUUUGGUCGAAGAGUUUAGAAAGACACUCUGUGCUUUAUGGCAAGGUAGCCAGACUGCAUUUAGCCCAGAGUCCUUAUUUUAUGUUGUUUGGAAGAUCAUGCCAAAUUUUAGGGGCUAUCAGCAACAGGAUGCCCAUGAAUUCAUGCGAUACCUUUUGGACCACCUGCACCUGGAACUCCAGGGCGGUUUCAAUGGCGUUUCCCGCUCAGCAAUUCUGCAGGAGAAUUCUGCUCUGUCUGGAAGUAACAAAUGUUGCAUGAAAGGGAUUUACAAGACAAACUCCCUAGAGACAGAAGGAAAAGAAAAUGGAGCAUCUACGGUUGUCACAGCUAUAUUCGGAGGUAUUCUCCAGAAUGAGGUUAACUGCCUCAUAUGUGGGACAGAAUCUAGAAAGUUUGAUCCAUUCCUAGACCUUUCAUUAGAUAUUCCAAGUCAGUUCAGAAAUAAGCGCUCUAAGAAUCAAGAAAAUGGACCAGUUUGUUCAUUACGAGAUUGUCUUCGCAGUUUUACUGACUUAGAAGAACUCGAUGAGACAGAGUUAUAUAUGUGCCACAAAUGCAAAAAGAAACAAAAAUCCACUAAAAAGUUUUGGAUUCAGAAACUACCCAAGGUACUAUGCUUACAUCUGAAACGAUUUCACUGGACUGCAUAUUUAAGAAACAAAGUUGAUACCUAUGUAGAAUUUCCAUUGAGAGGCCUAGACAUGAAAUGCUACUUACUAGAGCCUGAGAACAGUGGCCCAGAGAGCUGCCUGUAUGACCUUGCUGCUGUGGUGGUGCACCAUGGUUCUGGGGUCGGUUCUGGACAUUAUACAGCAUAUGCAACUCAUGAAGGUCGCUGGUUCCAUUUCAAUGACAGUACUGUAACGCUGACUGAUGAAGACACCGUUGUGAAGGCAAAGGCCUACAUCCUUUUUUAUGUGGAACGUCAGGCCAAAGCUGGAUCAGAUAAACUUUAAUACCUCCUUUAAAUCAUUAUUUGUCAACUAUACCGGACAAACAUUUCCAGUUUUCCGUAAAUACUUGAUCCGAGAUUUAAUUUCAUUAUGCACUUUUCAAUUUCCUAUUUUUGGUUUAGUUUUGUCAAUGGUAGUGACAUAUUAAACAUGGGCACCAACUAAUUUUUUUUUUUAGUUCUACCAGAAAACCUCAGCAGAUACUUUGAUUUGCUGCUUUAGUUGUAAUAAUUGUUUUUGUAUGUAGUUUCAAGAACUUAGUUCUAUUUGACUUUUUUUAUAUUAAUGUUUUCAAUUCUCACUUUGAGGCACAUUUACAUCAAUGCUUUGUUACUGUCACAUGCUGAAAGCAAGAUAUGUUCCUGAUUGCGAAGAGCAGAACUGCCUGCUGCCUUUCACAGCUGUAAUGGGAGAUCAGGUGGACUCGAAAUCCAGGAUCAUGUGCGCACAUCAUUUGUGGCCCACAAGAUUUCAGUGACUGUCAGUAAUCGUUCUUUUCGAUUGUAAGAGGUAACUGGGAGAGCAUCAUUAAGUAGACCAGGUGAUUGCUGCUCUUGGUAUCUCUCAAGGCUGCUGCUUAUCAGCACUGAUUAAAUAAAUUUGUUGGAUCACUUGUACCUGUACUGCAAAUUCAAGAAUUAGUCCUUUGAAGUUUUAUUUUGUUUCGGGGUUAUUUUUUGCUUGCGUGUGUUUUCAUGGAGAGAAGAGUACAGAAAAGUCCAGAUACAUUUAGUGUUUAAAAAUGUCUGUGACUCAGCUACACGGUAUAGAUACUGUCAGGUGAGGAGACCACAGCUUGUUUGCCUUUAGAACCAAACUCUAGUUCCCCCACUGUCUGUGGUGCUGGAUGGAAGGAACUACCUGUCCACUUUUGCCUUAUUUCUUGCUUGGCCAUCUCAAGUUGAGAUGCUGACCUCCAGAGCUGAUUUGACCAUCACCUACACUUCCCAGAAGGAAAUUUGAGUCUUUGCUACUUUGGGUUUUAACAACUCCCACUGGCCUAUCCUGAUAGCAGAGCAAGCUGAAAAUAUUCUCACUGUGAACAGAGUUUCUAUUCUUGAGUUUAGCAGUCUUGGUUUUAAAACUGUGUUCAAGAAACAUAGGUACAGGCUCCAUUAAGAUUUAACUCAAAUUGAAAUUUGGAACCAGAAUUCCAUCUAAGAAAGGUAUUUGUGAUUUCUGCAAGUGUUCCAGGUUAGUUUGUUGAUUUGGGGGUGGGGUGGGGGGCAGUGGCAGCACUGAUGAAGGAAUCAGAGAAAGGGACUCCCAGAGAGGGUUGCACCUUAGGACUAGGCACUGUUUUCAGGUUCAUCUCUCAUUCCAGCCUUUAUUUUCUUCUCAAGUGUCUACAAGUCACAAGGGGCAGAAUGUAUUUCAUAUUAAGCCAACCUACCAGACUUUUUGGUAAUCUUGUUUUUUUCUAUUAAAAGAAAAAACUGUCAAGUUUUAAGUGCAUGAAUGUAAAAUAAAGUCUAACAGCUGUCC